AAUGUGUUAAGCCAUGUGACAAGAUUAAAAUUAUCGUGUGUCAAACACACAACAUGGCAGGCAAGCAAGUUUGAAAUUCAAAAUUUACAGUUUUACACAAAAUACACAAAAACCCCACAUAAAAAAUCCGAAAUCAAAAUGAGAGAACUCGUCGUUUUACAGCUCGGGAAUUGUGGGAAUGGAAUCGGAACUAAGUUUUGGGAAGUUAUUUCUGAUGAACAUGGCGUCACACCUGACGGUACGUGGAAAGGAGACACGGAUUUACAGCUCGAAAGAAUAAACGUGUAUUACGAAGAAGGAAGCCGUAGUACGUACGUCCCAAGAAACGUCAUGGUCGACCUUGAUCCAGGAACUAGACAAAUGAUCACGAACUCGCCUUACGGAAGGAUAUUCAAACCGGAGAACAUGAUUUUCGGGAAAGCCGGAGCGUCGAACAACUUCGGCAAGGGUAGGUACACGGAGGGUUUGGAAGUCGGCGACCAGGCACUCGAAGUCACGAGAAGACUCUGCGAAGCCUGCGAUUGUCUGCAGGGUAUACAAAUUCUUCACGGCCUUGGUGGUGGUACUGGUUCAGGCCUUGGCCAUUUGAUGAUCGAGGCAUUGAGGCAAGAAUAUCCAGAUAGGAUUUUAGCAACGUACAGCGUGCAGCCCUCGCCGAAAGUGUCAGAGACGGUGGUUGAACCGUAUAACUGCGUCCUCGGAAUGCAGGCUCUCGCGGAUUUAGUCGACGCAGUGUACUGUCUCGACAAUGAAGCGUUGUACCACAUAUGUAAUAACGUUCUCAAGCUAUCUGCGCCGCAAUUGGGCGAUCUGAAUCAUCUAAUAUCCUGUGCCAUGUCGGGCACAACUACUUGCUUCAGAUUCCCUGGGCAACUGAACUCCGAUUUAAGAAAGAUUUUGACCAACAUGGUCCCUUUUCCCCGUCUUCACUUCUUCAUACCUGCGUACGUACCGUUGACCGCUAGAGGAAGCCAGCAGUACAGGCAGAUGACCGUCCCGUCUCUCGUACAGCAGAUGUUCGACCCGAAUUGUUAUAUGUGUGCUGUCGAUCCCAAGAAUGGGAAAUUCCUUACUUGUGCGGGGAUUUUCCGAGGAAGGAUGUCGACAAGAGAGGUAGAUGAGCAAAUGUUAAACGUGCAAUUGAAAAACGCCGAAUAUUUCUCUGAAUGGAUACCGAACAACUUGAAAACGGCUAUAUGCGAUAUUCCUCCAAGAGGCUUGAAAAUGUCAUGCACAUUCCUAGGAAAUAUGACCUCUUGCUGUGACAUGUUGGGUAGAGUGUUGGAAUCUUUUAUCUCCAUGUACAGGAAGAAGGCCUUCGUCCACUGGUACACCGGCGAAGGGAUGGAACUCCAGGAAUUCGAUGAUUCUGAGAGGAUUUUGACUGAAACGAUUGAACAUUACAGGAGCUAUGCAAACGCAGCACCACCAGAGAAAGGAGGGAGUGUGUCCCCAGUUAAAGGAGGCAGUUAUUCUUCUAAAGCGUCUUAUAAUGAAGCCUUUUAAAAUAAACACUAAAACUUAACAGCAA